GGGCAGCACAAGUUGUCGUAUUGGGAUGGAACCAACCCCAGGACAGGCUUCGUAACAGCUUCCACAAAGAGGGGCCGUACUCCCUCGUCGAUUAGUUAAUUAAUCUCGGAUUUGAAACAUCAUAAGCUUCCGAGUAAAGACACUUGUCAUCCAGUGCAAAUUGCAGCAUUUUCAACAAGGCCAACCCUCAGCCGCCUUCUCGACGUUCAAAGCGUUGGAUUGAUCCAAGUGGCUGCUUCUUGGCAUCUCGGCUUAUGACGAUGUCAUCAUAGGCAAACGGGAGAGCUACCAUUAUCCUCCCCUUCGUAUCUAAACAGCAAGUUCUUACAACUCUAUUCCCCGCCUCUCUACGCCACAGUACGCAUAGCACUAGCAACGCGCAGCAAGUCCACCUCCUCCAAAACCAUAGACCGCGAUCCAGCUUGCGUGAGGUGCUGCACUGGCAGAUAAAAAUGGACGGCACCUCAAACGGACUGGGAAAGCUAUUGCCAAAGGCCAUCGCGGCAAAACGGCGGCGAAACAAGGCCUCGUCCAUUUACAGCAGCACCAGCAACGAUGAUGUCGCGCCACACAGAGGACCAGACAACUCCAAUGCCCCUGUCGGCGAAACCAGCUCUCUGCGCCGCACCGACAGCCAGCUCAGCGAGGACAAUACCGAUUUGAUUUCGUUCGAGUCUGACACAGCAUCGCCAGACACCCGUCCCACCGCCAUCUCAGUCCACCCGUCCCAGAUCGGGCACUUAACUACAUCCUCGCCCCUCGUGCAGGAGAAAUACAAGCCAGAGUCACAAACCUCAGACGUCCUGUCUUCUGAAAUCUCCGGAUUGUCGACCCGAUCUUCGACUUUGCCGCAAGACUCCUCGGACAGUCUGGAGUCUACCCCUUCGCUGAGAAAGUCCCGAACCCAUAACCUCCUGCAUCCCGAUUCCGAUCCACCGAAAAGGUCUACAUCUGGAAACCGACUCAGAGACGUAUUCCGCUCGAAAAGGGGUUCGGAAAAGAGUUCCAGUGACGAGAAGACUGUGCCCGAGUCUUCGCCAGCGGCCAACCCAGAGUCUGAAGCCAAAGUCUCGACCGGCCGAAACCGUGCCCUUUCACGCGGUCCGACGUUGGAACCUCUGAAAGCCCCGCCACGAACACCACAGACUCCGCCACAUGGAGAGCCUACUCCGCCAGUGAUCGUGAAUACCCCUCCCACACCAACCGAUCCUCAGCUGCCCGUCAUCGUGGCGACCAGCAGCAGCCCUCGUCGUCCGGCGAAUGCGUCUCCCGUGGGGAAUAUGAUAACGCAACGAAGAAGAGCGGGGUCAAAUGCAGGCCCAAGCAAGCUGUCAACGAUAACAUCCGCCCCUCUCACGCCAACGCCGGAAGCUGGGCCAGUUUCACCGAACCCAGCUGCCACGUUCUUUUCGUCCAUGUUCUCAGCAGUCCAAAAUACUGCCAACUCGCUCAGUAGCACUAUAUCAACGGCGAAUCUAGCUCCCGGGACGAAGUCUAGGGCCGGUACACCGUCUCAGGAAACCGACAGCACACCACAGCAACAACAGCAGCAGGACGGCGUCGAGGUUGAAUCCUCAUCCAUUCCUGAUUUGUCUUCAGAAUCCAAGGAGCCAGCCGUUAAAACGCUAGGCAUGGGCGAUCUCAGUCUUAGCCAGCUCGGUAUUUCCGAGACACCGAGCAAUGUUCCUAGUCCUGUGGCCUCAAAAUUUGCGGAUCCUGAUCCACGAAAUCGAUCAGAUUCAGCCCCGGACCCCCAUCCCGCUGUGACGGAAAUUGUGGACGAGUCGCAUCUUUCGCGGCCGAGAUCGGUGUAUUCUGCCAACGGAGAUCGCACGCCACCAGCAGGGAGUGUAUAUGAGGGUAGAUCAGGGGUUCACCGGAGCGGAAGCAUUCGCAGUGCUCUUGGUCACCGCAGGAAGCGAGGCAGCAGCAUAGCUACACACAACACAUCUGGGAGCGCCAUAGGCGCUGCUAUUUCAGCUGCCAACUCUUCGGUGGCUAACCCCAAUGCUGCGGGAAGCACCCCGAAACUUACUGGAUUUGCUGUCGCUACUAAGAAGCGCAACCGUGACUUUCAUAACCUUUUCAAAAGCGUGCCCGAUGACGAUUACCUGAUUGAGGACUACAGCUGUGCUCUGCAGCGUGAAAUUCUCGCUCAUGGCCGGUUAUACAUCUCAGAGGGACACCUCUGCUUUAGCAGCAAUAUCUUGGGCUGGGUGACGACGCUGGUGAUGAGCUUUGACGAGAUUGUCUCAGUCGAAAAGCGGAGUACGGCGCUGGUGUUCAAGAACGGCCUGGAGAUUUCUACUCUACAUGCCAAGCAUAUCUUUGCCUCUUUUGCGAGCCGCGACACGACAUACGAUCUGAUCAUCAAAAUCUGGAAGCUUGGUCAUCCUCACCUCCAGAGCUCUCUCAAUGGCGUCCGUCUGGAGGAACCGGGCGGCGACCGUACCGAAAAGGUUGAUGUGGAGAACGUCUCUGUGGCAGGGAGCCAGAGCGUAUCCGGAUCCGAUGACGAGAGUGCUGAUGGGGAUGACGAUGAUGACGAUGUGUAUGAUGAGGAUGAGGAAGAGGAGGAUAGCCAAGAAGCAAGCUUGCCUGCGGACGCAACCUCAGAGGGCCCUGAUAAGACAGCCACUCGCAAGGUAUCUGGUCCAGUGCCCUCGGAGAAGGCCGACGACAAUGCUCCCACAAGUGGUGGUGAUUUUCCAGGUCCUAUCAGUCACGCCCCGACAGAGUGCGGGGAUGAAGGGACACAUUUUGAGAAGAUUCUGGGCGACGAAACUAUUCCGGCGCCGUUGGGCAAAGUCUAUAACUUGCUCUUUGGACCUGGCUCGGCCGCAUGGAUGGGCAAAUUCCUGACCGUGGACCAAAAAUGUCUGGAUCUCCAGAUGGAGGACAAGCGAGGUCUCACUGGGGAGGUCAAGUCGCGGACGUUCACCUACAUCAAACCUCUUAACGCCUCGAUAGGGCCUAAGCAGACGAAAUGUAUUGUUACGGAGCAGCUGGAAUCCAUCGACCUCGACAAGUCUGUCAACGUGCUUUGCAGUACGCAAAAUCCCGAUGUACCAAGUGGCAACAUAUUUGUGGUGAAGACAAAGUAUUGUCUUACGUGGGGUGAGAACAAUGGCACUCGUGUUCAGAUCAACUGCACUAUCGAGUGGUCUGGCAAGAGCUGGCUGAAGGGUCCCAUUGAGAAGGGCGCAAACGAAGGACAGACGCAGUACUGCAAAGAUCUUUUUGCCAGUCUGCGAGCAGCCAUUUCUUCUCGGCCACGGUCUAGCACUCUCGGUAUUGCCGCAGGGGCACGUGGCAAGAAGCGUGGACGCAAGGCGAAGUCCGCGCUGGCCUCUAACCAAGCCAGCGACGUUGAGAGUGUUGCCAAGGUGUCAGUAAAGGAGAGCUGGGGUCUGCUUGAGCCUGUGCGGCCUUUCCUCGGGCCCGUGUUUGAUAUCAUCAGGCCUAUUCUUACCGGAAAUGUGGUGUACGGGUUGCUUGUCGGUCUGCUGGUGGCUAGCUGGUUCGGGUUUGGUACUCGACAAGGACCAGUACCCUAUGGCCGCGACAUCGGGUUUGCAAACUACCCACAGCGAAUUGCGGCUUACGAGGAAAUGUGGAGCAGAGAGGAAAGUGAGCUGUGGGAAUGGAUUGAGGAGAGAGCUGGUCUGGACCGGCUGAACGGUGGUAGUAUGCCAGCCCCGAGAAAGAGGACCGUGGAUCCAAGGACGGUAGAGGAGAAGCUGCGGGAGGAGAGGAUGGCUGAGAGAGAGCUCCGGGAGGCGAUCAGAGUGACGGAGGAGCAUUUGCAAGUUUUGAAGUCGGUUGUCAACAGGAAGGAGAGGGGCGAGAAGGCUACAAGUGAUUGAUCUGAUUUUCGUGCAAGACAGGAAGGGGGGCAUCUCUUCGUGGGAAUGAGAGUGGGUUGGGGAUUCUUCAUUAUUCAGGCUGACGCCGCAAGUCUUUUUCUUUGUAUAGCAUAAGCAUAGCAAUCAUUAUAUUGGGCAGUUCUUUGGGUAUGUUUAUCGAAAAAGUUUUCAAGAAGGCGAGAAACAAUGUGUGCCCUGUGAUAGUGAGCAAUUCCGAC